CCCAUUGGUGAGAUAUGGGGAUUAUGCACCUUGAACAGUCACAUCAUAUCGGCAUUCGAAUCACAUCAACAGGCCCCACGGCAGCAACGGCGACACAUCUGCAUUCUCCACGCGCUGCGCUGAUGUGCCCAAGCGCAGAUCUCCCGUCGGUCGAUAUCGCUCAGCCUCCAGACGCGACGCACUUUGACCCGGCGUCCUGCAACGGACGCACGCUGUACCAGCUCCUCACGGGCGGCGUCGUCCCGCGGCCGAUUGCUUGGAUCAGCACGAUAAACCGAGCAGGCGUGACGAACCUCGCGCCGUUCUCGUUUUUCACUGUGGUGUCGGUUGACCCGCCCAUCUUUGCCGUCACGCAGGUGUAUCCAGGUCCGCAUCGCAAGAACAAGGACACCGUCGUGAAUCUGCUCGAAACAAAGGAGUGCGUCGUAAACGUUGUCAGCGACGCCAUGGCAGCCACGAUGAACGCUACUUGCGCAGACUACCCCUACGGAACGAGCGAGAUCGACGCCCUCGCCAUCAAGACCGUCCACAGCUCCGUCGUCCGCGUUCCUGGCGUUGCCAACUCGUCCGUGCGCUUUGAAUGCACCCUACGAGAUACGCUCGACAUUGGGAAUGGCCGCGUCGUGCUCCUCAACGUCGUCCACAUCGCCGUCGACAACGCGGUCCUUGGCCACGACGGCAACUCGAUCGACACGACUCUCACACAUUUAGUCGGCCGCUUAGGUGGCGACGCGUACGCGCGAACAGACGAUCAGUUUUCCAUCAUCCGGCCGCCUCCCCCAAAAUAGAAGUCCACCUUAACGUUAUCAAUUCGAUCCCCGAUGCAUCUUCCA